UCGAAUCAGCGCUCGUGAACUCGCAGAUGAGUGACACGGCAGCGCGAGAGGUGCUAACGCGAACCCGCGAGUGAAAUAACUCCCGAAACUGCGGAAAAUCAUCGUUGAAUCAGCGAUAAACGGUCCGGUCGCGACGAGAUCAGCAGACAUGAAGGAAGACGCCUUCUCUCGGGAUUUAGGAUAGGACACAGUAUCACCCACACACACAUAAUAACACACCGUUUCCACACAUGAGAGAUGAUGAUGAGGCCCUGACUCACACACACUCAUCUGCGGCUGUUUCCUCACUCUGAUGAAGAAGAUGAUGCUGGUGAUGAAGGCGAGGCACUGACACACACACACACACACACACACACACACAGGUAUCAUGGGCUCGUCUCUCAGCGAGCCCUGCAUCUAUGACAAGCUGUCGGAGAGCAUCGACAUCCUCCGUCAGUCAGGAUACAGGUAUGGGAUGAGCGAGAGCGAGAUCGAGAAGUUCAUCAAGCAGGUGCUGGAGACUAACGAGCCGCGCAGGGAGCCCCCACAGUUCCCCAUCCUGAGGGCCACCGUCAAGCUGGUGCUGGCGCUGGGGCUUCUGCUGAUGGUGGUGCUGGUGUUCACGUAUCCUCACAGAGCACCGCUGCUGGACUCCUCGAGCUCAGCCGGACUCAACAGAUCAUCCCCGCUCAGUCACGCACGGCUGCUGGAGCUGCCCAUCGCCAACAAAUACAACCUGCACGGGUUCCACGAGUGGUGGGCAUCCGGUGCGCUGCAGACGCCGUGGGGGAACUGCUCGGCCUGCGCAGACGUGACUGCGGUGCUGGAGCUGACAGCGUCUGCGGGGAUCAUCAGACACACGCAGCCACUGCUGCUCAAGGGCGGAGAGUCUCUGUCUCACCGUGUGUCUCAUCUGGAGCAGUUCUCUCAGCCACAGAUGCUCACACAAACACCGGCCAACUUCACCCUGCUCUGGAGUUUCUCGUCUAGUCCCAGAGAGACGCUUCUCCGCUGGCUGUUUCCUGACACUGAGCUCUGCCCUCUGCUGGAGAACACAGGAACAACACUGCAGCGCUGCCAGCUGAGCUACAGCACUAGCACACAGCACACGGCGGUGCAGGUGUGGGGAUGGCUGGUGGUGGCUGAAGGCUCUCCGUGGGUUCGUGUUGUUCCCGUCCAGCGAUGCCAAACCCUCUGCCGCUCCUUCAGUCUGUGGCUGGAGCCGGGAGACAUGGUGUUGGCGGAUCCGCGCUUCUGGCUGCUGGAGCUCUCCCCGUCUGGAGCUCAGAGAGUGCUGUGUGACGGCCCUGUGCUCUGAGACUCUUAUCACAUCCAUCCGGACGCCUCUCCAGGAAGUGACAUCAGCACUCGGACUCUCUUUCCUCAGACGCUGGGGUUUCUGGGAUCUUCGGCUCCGGGGACGUUCUCUGAUCCUCGGGAACACGUUCAGAGAAACUGUAUUUUGUUGAAAGAAAAUCAACCCUAUUUUAGUACAUUUUGACAGUCUUUUCGUGACCUUUUGAGAGCAUUCCGUCUACAAAUUACUGGGAUACAAAAAAAAA